AUGGGCUCAGUUGGUCCUUCAACAAACGACAUCAUCGCCACCCUCGAUGCAGUAAACCCUAGUCAAUUCGGUGGCGAUGAAGUCGAACGUCUCCGUGUCCGCGCUGCCGCACGUCGUCUACUAGCAAGAGUCGAAACACCAUAUGAGCGAGCAUGGGGUUUCUGCUUCGAACAUCCUGCUGUUUUUGCGGCGCUGCAAACUGCAAUUAAUCUCGGAAUCUGGAAGGCUUGGACCAAAGAGGGUGGAGGGAAAAAGACGAUCGAUGAGUUGGUCAAGUUGACUGGGAGGGAUGUUGAGCCAAACUUGUUAAGACGUCUGUUCCGUCUUCUAGCUGCGUUUUAUGUGGUUGAGGAGACAGACGUGGAUACCUUCAAGCCCACGCCGUUCUCAUACGCCAUUGGUGAUGAAAGUACCAAGGUCCGAGCGUCUCUCGAAGCAGCGACUUAUCAGUACAUCUCAGCGGGCCAGAAUCUCCCCAAAUACCUCGCCAAGAUAGAUUACAAAGUCCCCACGGCAGCAGAAGACAAUAACUACGCAGGUAGCGAUCCCGAUGGUCUCAACUUCUUUGGGCGUCUUCAGAAGAGUCCAGAGUACUAUGAGGCUUUUACAGGACACAUGGAGGCCUGGACAUCUUGGAAGACACCUUGGACUAAGAUUUAUGAUACUAGCGGGCUGAUUGAAGGUGCUGAUCUUGGCAAACCGCUAGUUGUGGAUGUUGGGGGUAAUACUGGUAUCGAUAUCUCGCAUGUUCUCAAGGCAAGACCGGAUUUGCCAAAGGGGGCGUUAGUGUUGCAGGAUCUACCGGAGAUUAUUGAGCGGGCGGAUGUUGACGAGAAGAUCACGGCUAUGGUGCAUGAUUUCUUCAAGCCUCAGCCUGUGAAGGGAGCCCGAGCAUACUUUAUGCACGCUGUUCUUCACGACUGGCCAGACGCCCAAGCAACUCAACUUCUACAGAACACCAAAGAUGCUAUGACGAAGGGUUACUCCAAGCUAUUCGUCUAUGAUAUUGUGUUGCCGCCAACUGGAGCUAGUAUUAGUCAGACUACAAUGGACGUGCAGAUGAUGUCUCUUCUUUCCGCGUCUGAGAGAACUAAGAGUCAGUGGGAGGAGUUGCUGACGGGAGCCGGAUUCAAGAUUGUCAAGUUUUGGCCUGAUCCUCAGCAGUAUGAGAUGCUGAUCGAGGCAGAUAUUGCAUAA